AUGAGCGCAGGAGUAGUAAAGAUGCCCAUGGGGGAGGAGGACUCGAAGAAGUUUGGCAUUUUUUUGAAUUUAUUUAAGGCGAGAGUCAACCUGCUCCAAAUAAAAAGCAGGACUGAAACCAUGGCGCAAAAGAAGAACAUCUGCUUUUUCCUCCUAAAUGGACAAACGGAAGCUGCCCACGAGAGCAUCUGCUGGAUGCUUCGAAACGAAAACAUAUGUCACAUAUGUAACAAGCUGAUUGCACUAUGUAACGAAUCAACUUCCCUGACAGGGCUAAACCCUCAGGAGCGUGAAAAUAAAAAGAGGCUAAAAAAAUGCAUAAGGAACAUCCUCUACUGUGCAAACAAAUUAAACAUUAGCAACACAUCAAAUGUACGCACUCAUUUUAUAAACCACUUUGGAAAGGACUUUAUCGAAAAUGUUGAGGAAGACUAUCUCCUCCUGGACAGAAAUAUGUGUGCUGUUAUUAACAAGUACACGUUUUCUCAUAAGGAAAUAGCACAGGUGCAGAAAAACCUUUGUCACGAAAUGGAGUUGCCAACAAGUAACCAGAUAGCUCCAUGUCACUGCAAAUGUUGCGGCUUCUCACCAAAUGAUGACACUCUGCAUGUUGUGCAAAAAAAAGACAUCCUUCGGAUUGUCAACACGUACUCUACACAUGCAGAGAGUGUUCACGAUCAUGAGAAAAAAAAAAUAUUCCAAGAUAUAGAGGCUCAGUUAAUAAAGAAAUUGAAUAGGACGCUCUUGGGGGACUGA